AUUUCAUGAAGUGAAGGACAGGGUGUGCUAUUAAACAAGAAGUCAACUGUACACUGUUUAUUUUGUUCAGAGAGCCAACCACUGCUGAAAGCUUUCCUCUAAGGUUAACCGGUACACAUUGUGGACUUUUUUAUAACUCAGUGUAAUGGCUGAAGAAAACAGUGCGUCUGCCAAAGGCUUCGUUGAUAGCACCGUUCACAUGGACGUCAAGGAGUACUAUGGCAAGGUGCUGAAGAACACCGCAGACCUGAAGAGCAAUGCCUGUGUGGCUCCAGCCAAGCCCACCCCUGCUUUCAUCCGCCAGGCCCUGAAGAAAGUACAUCCUGACGUCACCGCCAGGUACUAUGGCUGUGGUCUGGUGGUGCCAGAGUGCUUGGAGGGCUGCAGGAUACUGGACCUGGGAAGUGGAAGUGGGAGGGACUGCUACAUGCUAAGUCAGCUUGUGGGCGAGAAGGGCCAUAUCACUGGGAUUGACAUGACUGAGGACCAGCUUGACAUUGCCAGGACAUAUGUGGACUAUCACAUGAAAGAGUUUGGCUACAAGAAGCCCAAUGUCAGUUUUGUCCAGGGCCACAUUGAGGCCCUGACAGAAGCGGGUCUGGAAAAGAGCUCAUUUGAUAUCAUUAUUUCGAACUGUGUGGUGAAUCUCUCUCCAGACAAGAAGCGAGUACUGGCGGAAGCCUACAGUGUGCUCAAGGACGGGGGUGAGCUGUACUUCAGUGACGUCUACAGCAGUAGAAGACUAACAGACGAAAUUAAAAACCACAAAGUGCUGUGGGGUGAGUGUCUUGGUGGAGCACUCUGGUGGAAGGAUCUGCUGCAAUUGGCUGAAGAAGUGGGCUUCAGCCCACCACGGCUGGUUACAGCCAGCAUCAUCACCGUCGACAACAAAGAGCUACAGGAAGUUCUGGGCAACUUCAAGUUUGUCUCUGCCACGUACCGCCUGUUCAAGGUCCCUAAAGGCAACGGAAAGCCCUGUCAGGUCAUAUAUAACGGGGGCAUUACAGGAGUAGAGGACAACUUCCAGUUUGACUGUCAGAACACAUUCAAGGUGGAUGAAGUGGUGGAGGUUGAUGGAGAGGUGGCCACCAUCUUGACCCAUUCCAGAUUUGCGGGGGACUUCACUUUCCAGCCACUGGGAGGUCCUCGUGAGUCCUGUGGAGUCAAACCUAAGCCAGGCAUUGUGGAUCCUUUCAAGCUGGUCCAUCAGCUGGGGAAACAAGGUCCAGGUUCAGCCACAGGGGGAUGCUGCAGCACACAGUCUGUUCCCUGCUGCAAAUGAUGGUGGGAAGAGCACUGAGAAAUACAGGCCCAGCAUCAUACUGUGUAUGCAUAAUAACAGUAGUUUAAAUCUACUGACUUAAUUAUGUAUUAGGCAAUGUCAUUAUGUUGUGUCUUAUUAACAUUUGAAAUGAGAUUUGAGCAAUUGAAAUUAAUCACACGUAAACAUGUCUUAUUUAUGUUCUGUGCACACUGCCCUGUCAAUCUUCAACUUGAAAAACAGAAAAGACUGAAAAGAUUAACUUAAUUUAUUUGACUAAUGUCUAGCAUAAAUAACAUCACGUUGGCACAUUCAAAACCUGUACAUAAUCUUGAACAGUUUUGGUGACUUCUUCUUAUAAUGCUUUUUUCCCCCAGUUGUCCACAAUGUUAGACAUCUGAAUAUCUUAUCCAUAACAUUCACAGGACUUUUUCCCCUAUUUCCCUAAUUAAUUACUUCUAAUGUAAUGCCUCUAAUUUUAUUGAUUUGUUAGGCAGUAGGUAGGACAGGUUUUACAUUAGUUAUAGCUUUGCAGGCAUUCUAAUACCAGCAUUGUUGUGUUCAUUAUUGUGUGUAAUUUCUGUUAUAGGACAAUAAAUAUUGUCAGUCAAUUAA